UAACCUUGGAUAAUGGCAAACAAUUUGUUUCGCAGGAAUUCGCAAUAUUUUGUAAAACGCUCGGAAUUCAUUUAAACCAUAGUACACCGUACUGGCCCCAGGCAAACGGCGAGGUAGAGCGCCAAAACCGAUCCUUACUAAAACGGCUCAAAAUAUCAAAUGCGUUGUAUGGAGACUGGAAGAAAGAAUUGGAUGACUACUUGAUUCUCUAUAAUAACUCACCCCAUAGCGUGACAGGCAAGGCGCCGAGCGAACUUCUUCAAAACAGGAAACUCAGAUACAAACUACCCCAAAUGGACGAUCUCACUUCACUCCCUCCAGACGCAGAUUUCCGUGAUCGCGACACUCAGAAAAAAUUUCAAGGAAAACAACAAGAGGAUGCUAGGCGUAGGGCAAAGAUAAGUGAGAUAGAUAUCGGUGACACAGUUCUGGUCAAAAACCUAGUACCGAAAGACAAACUCUCCACCGAUUUUCAUAAAGAGAAAUUCCUGGUGGUAGACAAGAAAGGUUCAAAUGUCACCGUACAGUCAGAGGAUAAUGCGAAAUGUUACGAGAGGAAUACGUCACAUCUGCGUAAGAUAACUGAGCCGUCUAGUAGCAAUCUAACGGGAAAUCAAAAUGAGGAACAACAUGUCCUAGGGCCACAUCAGAUACAGCCACAACAUAACAGUCCGUCAAUCGUUAAUGAAUCGGUGAUUAUCGAGCCAUUGAAGGAUAACCAGAAUAGUAGCCUGCUCAGAAGAUCUUCCCGGGUGCCAAGAGCAAGAUGUCGCUAUAGUCCAUAA